GUGACCACACUCUUGCGGAGAGCGCAAGUCGUGUUGACAGUUGUUUGGUGGCGUAUUUUUAAGAGUGACAAUGGACUGUGGGAAAGGAGAAAGAGGAGGAAGGAGAGGAAAGAGAGGCAGCCGUGGCGUGGAGGAUAAAGAUGUCAGAUUGUCUAAAUCUUUAUCCUACGCUCUUCGCCACGGAGCCAGCCAGAUGGGUCUUCACUUAAGUUCAGAUGGUUUUCUGUACGUAGAUGACCUCCUGGCUCACCCUCAGUUCCGCUGGUACAAACUGGAAGAUGUGCAAAGAGUGGUUGCCACAAAUGACAAGCAGCGUUUUAAGCUGUGUCCUCAUCCUGAAGACAGUCGCUUGCAGAUUCGAGCCAAUCAGGGCCACACCAUGCAGGUGACGGAUUUAGAGCUGAAGCCUGUCCUGGCUGGGUCCCCCGACUGCCCGGUUGAGGCUGUCCAUGGCUCCUACAUGCACAACUGGACCUCCAUCCGGCAGCACGGCCUGAGCCGCAUGAGAAGGACACACAUCCAUCUUGCCCCCGGCUUGCCAGAGGAGCAUGGCGUCAUUAGUGGAAUGAGGAAAGACUGCGAUCUGGCUGUAUUUAUCCAAGUGCACGAAGCUCUUGCUGACGGCAUCCAAUUCUUCUGGUCAGAGAACCAUGUGUUGUUGACCCCAGGGGACGCAGAGGGAAAACUUCCCCCCAAAUACUUCAGCCGAGCUAUAAGACUCAAACCGACUCGGAGCGUACUGCCUCUGUCGUAGCAGCAGAGGAAUGAGAAACAUUGGAAGGAUUCACUAUUGCACCCUUGGAGGGAAAAAGAGGAAAUCUGACCCAAUGGACUGGACUCUCACACUAUUAUAUUAGAUCCACUAUGGACUGGACUCUCACUAUUAUGUUAGAUCCACUAUGGACUGGACUCUCACUAUUAUGUUGGAUCCACUAUGGACUGGACUCUCAAACUAUUAUGUUGGAUCCACUAUGGACUAGACUCUCACUAUUAUGUUAGAUCCACUAUGGUCUAGACUCUCACUAUUAUGUUAGAUCCACUAUGGUCUAGACUCUCACUAUUAUGUUAGAUCCACUAUGGUCUAGACUCUCACUAUUAUGUUAGAUCCACUAUGGACUGGACUCUCAAACUAUUAUGUUGGAUCCACUAUGGACUAGACUCUCACUAUUAUGUUAGAUCCACUAUGGUCUAGACUCUCACUAUUAUGUUAGAUCCACUAUGGUCUAGACUCUCACUAUUAUGUUAGAUCCACUAUGGUCUAGACUCUCACUAUUAUGUUAGAUCCACUAUGGACUGGACUCUCACUAUUAUGUUAGAUCCACUAUGGACUAGACUCUCACUAUUAUGUUAGAUCCACUAUGGACUGGACUCUCCCUAUUAUGUUAGAUCCACUAUGGACUGGACUCUCACUAUUAUGUUAGAUCCACUAUGGACUGGACUCUCACUAUUAUGUUAGAUCCACUAUGGACUAGAAUCUCACUAUUAUGUUAGAUCCACUAUGGACUGGACUCUCACACUAUUAUGUUAGAUCCACUAUGGACUGGACUCUCACUAUUAUGUUAGAUCCACUAUGGACUGGACUCUCACUAUUAUGUUAGAUCCACUAUGGACUGGACUCUCACAAUAUUAUGCUAGAUCCACUCGACUUCCAUUGCACCGGUCGCCCAUUGGGGGGUCCCCACAUCUGCGGUCCCCUCCAAGGUUUCUCAUUGUCAUCCCAUUGGGUUGAGUUUUUUUUGCCCUGAUGUAGGAUCUGAGCCCAGGAUGUCGUUGUGGCUUGUGCAGCCCUUUGAGACACUUGUGAUUUAGGGUUAUAAGUAAACAUUGAUUGAUUGAUUGAUCGAUCAAUGACAAUAAAGGUAUUCUGAUUCUGAUCUGCAAUGUUUAUAGCACGAUGUGGCGAGGGACGACUGUAUUUUGUAUUACUGACUAUAGUAGUAUUUUCCACAUUAACUAAAGACUUGGUUUAAAAACAGCAGCAUGGCUCACAUGGCAGAGCGGUCGUCCAGAAACUAGAGAGGGUAUGAUCCGAGUCGCUGCCGUUGUGUCCUUGGGCAAGGCACUUUGCCAAUCUGGCUGCCAGUGCCACCUGCCCUAUGGUAUGGAUGUUUACUGCAGAAAUAUUCAUAAUCUCAAUGGGACUUCCCUGCAUGAAUACAUUACAAAUAUUUUUCCUAUAAAGUACGGACUUAUAUUGUGGUCAGUUCAGUAUUUCUCCAUGGACAACAAUGUUGCAUAUUGAGAUAAAGCGUGGACACUUACAUUGAACAAGAAUGGCUAAACAGACACAACAAAAACAUGCUUUUAUUUACCAACAUAUGAAUGAAGACAGAAUAUUACAAACCCCGUUUCCAUAUGAGUUGGGAAAUUGUGUUAGAUGUAAAUAUAAACGGAAUACAAUGAUUUGCAAAUCCUUUUCAACCCAUAUUCAAUUGAAUGCACUACAAAGACAAGAUAUUUGAAGUUUUUCUUUGCAAAUAAUAAUUAACUUAGAAUUUCAUGGCUGCAACACGUGCCAAAGUAGUUGGGAAAGAGCAUGUUCACCACUGUGUUACAUGGCCUUUCCUUUUAACAACACUCUGUAAACGUUUGGGAACUGAGGAGACACAUUUUUUAAGCUUCUCAGGUGGAAUUCUUUCCCAUUCUUGCUUGAUGUACAGCUUAAGUUGUUCAACAGUCCGGGGGUCUCCGUUGUGGUAUUUUAGGCUUCAUAAUGCGCCACACAUUUUCAAUGGGAGACAGGUUUGGACUACAGGCAGGCCAGUCUAGUACCUGCACUCUUUUACUAUGAAGCCACGUUGAUGUAACACGUGGCUUGGCAUUGUCUUGCUGAAAUAAGCAGGGGCGUCCAUGGUAACGUUGCUUGGAUGGAAACAUAUGUUGCUCCAAAACCUGUAUGUACCUUUUAGCAUUAAUGGCGCCUUCACAGAUGUGUAAGUUACCCAUGUCUUGGGCACUAAUACACCCCCAUACCAUCACAGAUGCUGGCUUUUCAACUUUGCAC